AUGGCAUCGUCGAGACGACUUCAAAAGGAACUGUCUGAUCUGAAGUCUUGCGGUGUGAAAGCCUAUGAAAGCGUUGAGUACAACGAGUCCAAUCUUCUUCAUUGGACCGUUCUUCUUGUACCUGACAAGGAACCGUACAACAAGGGAGCCUUCAAAGUGAACAUCGAUUUUCCCGCUGAUUACCCUUUCAAACCGCCAAAGAUCACUCUUGCCACGAAGAUUUACCAUCCCAUAUCGACGAUAAGGGACAAGUUUGUCUCCCUAUCGUGGACCCGAACAAUUGGAAGCCGGCAACACGAACAGAACAAGAUGAUGGCUCUACUAGCUCUAAUUCAAGAACCCGAACCUGACCAUCCACUUCGGGCCGACCUAGCCGAAGAAUUCAGCAAAGAUCGUAAGAAAUUCAACAAAACUGCUGAGGAGUUCACAAAGAAACACGCUGAGAAACAACCCGAUAGAUCGUUUGGACUACCGUCAUUCCGGUUGUUUCCACCUGCCUUGAUUUGA